AUGAGCUUUGCUUUGACCAGUGAGCAACUGGCCGAGUGGCGCAGGGCGUUCUACGAUGAGCCGUGCAAUGUGCUCGCUCAGAAUGUGUGCACCACCCACGAUCCGUACAAGAUGUGCCUGAAGCACGCUUCGACGGAGUUGCCAGCGCCGGCGCCCAACAAGCAUGCGGUGCCUGGGGAGGGCAAGGCGACGAGCGGUGGCCCCGCCUGGAUCAGCACGGGACUGGAUCUGCUGCGUUUGGAGUUUGCCAAAAGCUUCAAGUCGCUGCCCGCGGACUUUGAGUUCUCCGCUGGCUAUCUGAUGUACUGGCACAAGCUGGAGCGCUGCAACUACUUGCUGCAUGAAGCGGCGCUGCUUUUGAUGCGCUGCGAGCCCGUGGAUGGGCGCACAUUUCGCUACCUGAUGCACCACGUGGCCCCGGAUGGCGGCAACUGGCAGAUGUUUGUGAAUCUCGUGCAGAAGUACGGCGUCAUGCCCAAGCAGUGCUACCAGACGACGGGCAAAGUGCAUCACCUGAAUGUUAUGCUGUCGAGUAAGCUGCGUGAAUUUGUCAGCGUGCUGCACAAUCGCUUCAUCUUCGAUGGCGAUGGCAGCGCGCUGCCUGGCCUCAUUGCGGAGAUGAUGCCGCAGCUGUAUAAGGUGCUCAACAUUGUGCUGGGUGAGCCGCCGCAGGAGUUCAAGUGGACGUACUACGACUCCAAGCGGAGCUACCAGUGCCUGGAGCACCUCACCGGUGCCAGCUUUUACGAGGAGCUGCUCAAGGGGGAGCCCAAGCUGGACGAGAUGCUGUGCCUGGGCCACGAUCCUCGACUCAGCGCCGGCUACGCGCACAACUACGAGGUGGAGCUCAGCUCGAACAUGGUCGGAGGACGACUGCAGCGUUACAACAAUCAACCGAUGGACGUCCUACUGCCCAUUGUUGUGGCCUCGCUGGCGGGGGGGCGCGCCGUGUGGCUCGUGCACGAUCUCAAGACUCAAACGGAGAGCGAAAAACUGUCGGAGUUUCCGCUGCUCUUCGGCCUGGAGGUGGGCCAGGGACUGACCAAAGCGGAGCGCAUGCUCUACAAGGAAACGAAGCGCAAUCGCGUGCUGCUGCUCACGCAGGUGAGCCUGGAUGCGGAGCAGAAGCCGCUGGAAUUCCGCACCAUGGCGCCUUCGAGCUCCGCUUUGAGCUCCAACCUCUCCACAGUGCUGGCAAAUCUGCAGGGGGAGGACAUCAAGUCGCGGCUGCUGAAGCCCAUGACUGCCUUUCGCAUCAAGACGGAGGCGCUGCGGGAAUAUGCCUUCGAGAUUGUCGUCCACUCGAGCUUUGUGCCGCCCGAUGUGCUGGGCGCGGCCACGCGCAAGGAGGCCAAAGAGCUGCCCCCUUGGGAUAUAAUGGGUACAUUCCUGGACUGAUGUUGCCCCGACUGA